AUGUCAUCCCCUGAAUUUAUAGAAGAACAAGAUAUAAAUGAAUAUGCAUUUGUAGAUCUUUGGGAUGAAUAUGAUAUUAGUUUAAUGGAAAGAUUUUGGAAGGAAUUGGUAAUUAGUUCAUUUCAUAAUAAUGAUAUCCAACCAUUAAAUGAAUGGACCAAAGCCUUGUCCAAAGAAGCUCAUGACAAUCCAGAUAUUCCAGAUUUACAUGUUUUACUUGCAUUUAAAGCUUCAGACUUUGCUGCCUUGUCACCAGUCAAUCAUUCAACUACAACGAUUCCACCAGCAGAUUCACCAACAUCAUCGCCAACAUCAUCGUCAUCAUCAUCGUCUUCAUCAUCGUCAUCAGAUACAUUUAGUACAUUUGAUAAACCAACUAAAAUGUCAAGUGGUAGUAUACCAUACCCAUCAAGUCAAAUAGCAGCAGCUGUUUUAUUUGAAUAUUAUAGUAAUAUCAAUUGUGGAUUAUUUCUUCAUAUGAUUAUUCACAAAAAGUAUCGUAAUAUGGGAUUGGAUCGAAUGUUGGUUAAAAAGGCAAUCGAGAUUCUCGAUCGUAAUGCACAUGGACACGGCCAUCUUGCAGGUUGUAAUGCCAUUUUUUUCGAAACCAAAUCAGCAGGUUUAGGGCCAUCGAUUGGAUCGUCUGCCCUUUCAACUACUGCUGGCGGCAAUGGCGGCGUCGGAGGCUCUAGCAUGCUUUCCGCGACGGGUGCAGAUAUUGAUCCCCGUCAACAACAUUCUAUUCUCUUUAAUAUUGGAUUUAGAAUGAUUGACUUUGACUAUACCAAACUACCUCUAAAGAGGCUUGGCAAGACAAACAACCUUUUGCUCACAGUCUACCUGUCUCCCCACAUUCCAUCCAUUCCCACCCUCGACGGUGAUAAAUUUUACCUACCAAGUGUAUUGUUGCGUAAUUUUAUCUAUGAUCUCUGGGAAACCUCAUUUCUAACUGAAAAACUCGAUAUGAAACCAGAUGAAGAUCCAGAAUACUCUCGUGUCCUAGAACAAGUAGAAUUGCGUGAAAAGAUUCCAUUAUUAGAUUUACCUUGGGGUGCUGGUAAACCUUGGACUCUUGUUGAUCUUUAUGAAGAUUAUGAUGAAGAAUUAUUAGAAAGAUGUUAUAGAGAAUUAAUGGUUCCAAGUGUAAAACAUUCAGAAAUUCAAUCACUUGGAAAUGUAUUAAGGGCAAUGUCACCAGAAGGAAAUGAUUCAACCUAUUUACCAGAUGUUCAUGUAUUGUUGGCAGUUAGAUGGCCAGAAGGUAAACAAUCUGGAGGAUCACAAAAUUCAACCAAUCCAGUGAUUGAUGGAUUGUGUGCAUUUGAAUAUUAUGCCGAACAAAACUGUGGUGUAUUGACCCAUUUGAUACUUCAAAAAAAGAACCGAGGUGUAGAGGGAUUGGAUCAAUUGUUGGUAGAGAGUACAGUUGAAAUAUUGGAUGCCAAUGCACGUGAACGUGGUAAUCUUGCAGGUUGUAAUGCCAUUUUUAUCAAUAUCAAGAAUCCAUCACCAACAGUGAGUCAAGAGAUUGUUGAUGUCUGUCAACAUCACAUUACAUUGCACAAGAUGGGUUUUAAAUUGUUGGAUUUUGAUUACUAUCAAGCUCCACUAGACCCAAACAUGUCUCCCAAAAAACUUUUAUUGGGUCUUUACAUUUCAGAGUUGAUCCCACUCGCAAAUGAUCGUCCAUUUAUCCCAUUUAAUCUAUUGCUUAGUUUUGUAGAAUUGCAAUGGGCCAAUGCUUUUGGUAAUGAUCAAAUUAAACAAUCACCAAAAACCUAUGCCGAAUAUCUUAGAAUGAUUGAACAAAUAGAAUUGCGUGAAAGAAUUCCAUUACUAGAUUUACCUUGGGAUCUUGGUAAACCUUGGACUCUUGUUGAUCUUUGGGAAGAUUAUGAUAAAGAAUUAUUGGAAAGAUUUUAUAAAGAAAUUAUGAUUCCAAAUUUUCCAAAUAAACAUGAAUUGGAACCAUUAGAAAAUUGGAGAAUAUCAUUUUCAAUGGAAUCAAGAGAAGAUCCAAAUAUAUCAGAUUUACAUAUAUUGUUGGCAUUGAGAUGGCCAUCAGAUUCAAGUAAUUCACAACCAAUUAUUGAAGGUGCUAUUAUAUUUGAAUACUUUUCUGCCAAUAAUUGUGGAUUGUUGACCUAUUUGAUUGUUCAAAAGACAUUCAAAGGUAAAGGAUUGGAUAGAGCAUUGGUAGAAAGUGCAUUGGAAAUUUUGGAUCAAAAUGCAAAGAGUCAAGGUUUCUUGCCAGGUUGUAAUGCAAUCUUUUUAGAAGUUUAUUCUGGUGAAAAGGUUACCAUCAAACAAGAUGUUGUAGAUCCUCGUAUGCGUCACUCAAUCUAUCAUCAAAUUGGAUUUAGAUUGAUAGAUUUUGAAUACAUUGCACCACCAUUGGCUUUGGGUUAUCCAAAGCUAAAACAUUUCCUAUUGACUGUCUAUUUGACAGAGCAUAUUCCAAAAAUGCCACUAGAAGAAGGAAAAUAUUAUCUGCCAAGUUCAGUACUUAAAAACUUUAUUACUGUACUUUGGAGAAAUGCAUUUGCCACUCGUAAAAUGAAAGAAUUUCCAACCAAAGAUCAAGAUUAUCAACGUAUUGUAGAACAAAUUGAAUACCGUGACAAGAUUCCAUUGCUCGAUUUGCCAUGGGGAGCAAGUAAACCAUGGACAUUGGUAGAUUUGUGGGAUGAUUAUGAUGAAGAACUGUUGAUUCGAUUCUAUGAAGAAUUGAUGGUACCAAACUUUCCCAUCAAAAACGAGUUGGAACCAUUGUCUAAUUUUUUGGCAGCACUAUCUGAAGAGAGAAGAUCAACCUAUAAUCCUCAUCUCUCUGAAUUGCAUGUACUUUUGGCAUUGCGUUGGCCAACCGAUUCAAGUGACCUUCAACCAACCAUUGGUGCAGGUAUUACUUUUGAAUAUUAUCCAUCUACCAAUUGUGGUUUACUCUCUUAUUUGGUGGUACAUAGAAUAUCUCGUGGUCAAGGUUUGGCUGGUAUCCUAGUAGAGAGAGCUGUUGUCUUGCUCGAUCGUCAUGCCAAGACUAGAGGACAAUUGGCAGGAUGUAAUGCAAUCUUUUUGGAGACCAAUUCUGCUGAAAAGGUUACAGUACAACAAGAUGUUAUGGAUCCUCGUAUGCGUCAUACAAUCUAUCACAAGAUGGGAUUUAGAAUGAUCAACUUUGAAUACAUUAUGCCACCUCUAUCACCAGAAUAUGACAAGUUGAAGGGUGUCCUUUUACUCACUGCCUAUUUGACACCACAUAUCCCAUACAUUGACUAUAACAAUACUCGUCAAUAUUAUCUACCAAACGUAUUGCUUAAAAACUUUAUCACUGCUCAAUGGGAAAAUGCCUAUAGAAAUGGUCGUCUCUCUACUGUACCACUUCAAGAUGUAGAUUUCACCCUAUCACUCGAACAAUUAAAGAUUCGUGAAAAGAUUCCAUUGCACGAUCUGCCAUGGGGUGAUGGAAAGGAUUGGACCAUUGUAGAUCUUUGGGAAGAUUAUGAUGAAGAUUUAUUGGAUGCCUUUUACAACAAGUAUAUGAUUACUCAAUUUGGAACGUCUGACGAACUCGAACCAAUCGAAAAUUGGCACAAGGCAAUGUCACCAGAAGGUCGUGAUGAUCCAAACAUUUGUGAUUUACAUGUCCUCUUGGUAUUGGGAUUGCCAGGUGAACAUAAAGGUAAAGGACACAAAUAUAUUAUUGGUGGUUUGGUAUUUGAAUACUAUCCAGAGACUAAUUGUGCCCUCGUUACUUAUUUGGUUGUCAAUCAAAAGUGGUCUGGCAAGGGUAUUGGUACCGAUCUCAUUCUUCGUACCAUCAACAUUUUGGAUCAAAACGCCAAACAAAAAGGUCAUAUUGCAGGUUGCAAUGCAAUCUUUUUAGAAGUCAUGUUUUCAGAUCAAUUUGAUAUUACCGGUGCUCCCGAUAGUUCACUCAGUCACGUUUUCCUUUUCAACAAGGGCUUCCGUCUAUUGGAUUUUGAAUACUACCAACCUCCAACUUCUCUUAAAAAUCCAAAAUCAAAUAAUGUUUGUCUUACCGUCCUACUCACUCCUCGUAUCCCAAAAAGAGGAGAAGGCAGCGAAAUUCAACCAUUUGUUCCAACAUCACUACUUCGUUCUUUUAUCACCACCCUCUGGGAGGAUGAAUGUGGUCUCAUUGGUUACAAUUUUGACGACGAUCCUUGUUAUCUCCGUAUGAUGGAUCAAUUGGAUCGCAAUGAUUUCUUUCAUUGUCUCGAUCUACCAUGGCUCAAAUCUCGUAUUCGUCAUGACCCUUUGGCUGCCAAAAUCAAUCAAUCCUCUAUCUAUCGUCCAAAUAUUAGUGUCUCUGGUGAAAUCUCUUCUCCUAUUUUAAAUCCUCAAUCUUUUAAUAAUUUAUUACAAUAA